AUGGUUCAAUGCGGUGCUGUCGCAGGCUUACUAGCUCUUGUGUCUACAGCUCAUGCAAUUCAGAGGCAUCCACUGCCUAUUAGUGAGCUUGCGAAACAGAUCCGUGGCGGAAAUACUCACGACGUCUUCAGCGCUAGAGAUAUCGACCCUCAAGCUCUCUACCCCGAGUACAACCUCACGACGCCAAUUGACCAUUUCCACAACGAUUCUUCCUACGAACCGCACUCCGACGGCACAUUUGAUUUACGAUACUGGUUCGACGCACAAUACUAUAAGCCGGGUGGUCCAGUUAUCGUGCUCGCGGGCGGAGAGACAAGUGGCGCCGACCGUCUACCAUACUUGCAGAAAGGCAUUGUUUACCAACUCGCGAAAGCGACAAAUGGUCUCGGUGUCAUUCUCGAGCACAGAUAUUACGGAUCAAGCAUCCCAGUACCAGACUUCAGCACUGAGAACCUGCGUUUCUUGACCACCGACCAAGCCUUGGCCGAUACCGCUUACUUCGCCCAAAAUGUGAAAUUUGCCGGUCUGGAAGAUGUGGAUCUAAGCCCUGAGACAACACCUUGGAUUGCAUACGGUGGUAGCUAUGCGGGCGCCUUUGUCGCAUUUCUGCGUGUCUUAUACCCGGAUGUUUACCUCGGCGCCAUUUCGAGUUCCGGCGUACCUCAAGCGAUCUGGGAUUAUUGGCAAUACUACGAAGCUGCAGCGGUUUACGGACCCCCUGCGUGCGUCGAGGCUACUCAGAAGCUCACGCAUAUUAUUGACAACAUCCUUAUUAACCAGACCGAUUCGGACUACGUCGCGCAACUCAAGGCGGCGUUUGGCUUGCCCAAUGUGACCUACAAUAAUGACUUUGCCAGCGUUCUGAGUGGCGGUAUCUCCGGCUUACAGAGCCUUAAUUGGGACCCUACGCAGAGCAGCGACAGCUUCUUCCUUUACUGCGGAAAUGUCUCGUCGAACACAGUGAUAUAUCCCGGUACGGAAGAGCGAAGGGCUUCAGUUGAAGAAUUGAUCAAGGUUGGCGGGUAUGAAGAUGAGGUGGAUACUCUUGCGAACCAGUUCUUGAAUUAUAUCGGCUACGUCAACUUGACCUCCGUUUCUAGUUGUCAAGGAUCGCAAGAUGCAUGCUACAGUACUCACGACUCGGACUUCUACUCCCAGGAUGACAUUACUCAGACCUGGCGAUUAUGGCAAUACCAGGUCUGCACCCAAUGGGGUUACCUCCAAACUGGAAGUGGUGUUCCAGAAGAUCAAUUACCUUUGAUUUCGCGUACAAUUGAUCUAGAUUACUCAUCACUAAUCUGCCGCGACGCCUUCAACAUUACUGAGCCGGCUGAUGUGGAAUACAUCAAUAGGCUUGGUGGGUUCAACAUCAGCUACCCCAACCUUGCCUUCAUUGACGGCGAGUGGGAUCCGUGGCGUGCUGCCGGCGUACAUGCGCUCGAGGUACCUAAGCGCAAUAGUACCCCGAGCGAGCCGUACAUUCUCAUAGACCGUGCGGUCCACCACUGGGAUGAGAACGGUGUUUUCCCGAACGAAACAACUCCCGAUUUCCCACCAGAACCCGUUGCCGACACCCAGAAGCAGAUUGCGACCUUCGUACAGGAUUGGGUUCAAGAUUUUACUGGUAAACGCUAG